GGACCGAUCUGCUAAACCCUAAAGCGCCGCCGAGCAACCGUCGCCGGAGGGGAGUCGGGAGAGCGGCGAAGAGUCUCAACGCCGGCGCGGUCGAAUAAAAGGAGAGGGACCGAUCGAGAGAACCUUCCGUCUUCCGCCUGCGCCUCCUGCUUGGCCGGGAUGGCGACUCGCGUCGUGGCCGUGGGACGGCGAUUGCGUCAAGGUUGGAGGUGCCGACGCCGGCUCGUACGCCGCGUCAUCAGAAGAUUACAGAGGGCGUUGUUCCUGUUCCAGGCGAGCAAGCCGCCGGUCGAUUCAUGCUGCCCAAGAUGUUCGCAUGCUAUGCGCCCCCAAGACCAUCCGGUGAAAUUUAUGCUGUUUGUCUGCGCCUCUUGUGGCCAUCAGAAGCAAUUGGAUUUCGAGUUCAGCUGGCGCGAGACCUAUGUUAACGGGAUAAGAAUUUUGCCACAAGUAAAAGACCAAGGGGAUGAAACAACAUGUGUUUUCUUCGCAAUUGCUACAGCUAUUGAAGCUAUGCUGAACAUGGAAAUGGCACAGAGGGGAGAGCGCUAUUCGGAAAGCAUUAGCAUUUCUGACAUGGUAGAGUAUUUUGAGAACUGCAUCAGACUAUGUGAGGAUUAAGGACUCGUGCUGGCAUGAUGGCUUGUCCUUUGAAGAAGUGUGUACUUUAGUCCUGGAAGGGAAGAUGUUGGUUACCAUCGUUCCCAUCACAGAUCACUUCCAUGAGCUCAAAGCAGAUGAAAUAUACGAUUGCACCCAUAUUCAGUGGGGUGCGUCCGAGACUUUCCAUGCCAUGGUUAUUGUCGAAUUUGGUGUCAAAGACGGAAAGACUUACUUUCGAGUUCAGAAUAGUCAUGGCAGUUAUUGGGCAGAUUUUGGUUUUGGCAUGAUCAGAGACAAUAGCAUUGCCAAGAUAUUGCAGCUAAUUGUCUGAAAGUUUCUUGCAAGACAUCUUAUCUGUUCAGGUCCAGCAGUUGAAAUCGAGAACUCUACGCCUUUUAUUGACUUGAUUGAAGAACUGGAAUUGUACAAUCAGUUAUAGCACAGGGUCAACUAGCCUACGCCCUUCAUAUAUUUUUCCUCUAGAGCUUUUUUCAAGUACACAGGUUCAAGAAACGGUGGCCAUCUCCUAUUCCGAUGCCGCUAUUCGACUACGUUUGGAAUGUCACGAAGGCGCCAUUGGCUUGGAUGAUAUUAACACAAUCAAUUGGUCAACUAUGGUCGUUGUCAAAAAUUGGUGGAACAAGAUAUGACGCUAAUUUCUUGGGAGCUAUGGACGGAGCUGAACGUUAGGGUCUUCCAGAAGACCUCCACCCCUUGGGAGAUCAUGUGGCUAGGAUCCUUAUGAGACUAGGUUGUGGGUAACGACGGAUGCAAGGGAUUAGAUGUAAUUUUAUCCGGCGAAUAAUUGCUCUAUUUUGCCACUGUGGGGCUGCUAUUUGAAACUUCUGAAACCCUCUCUUCUCAAUUAAUGAAAUGGCCAAUCUUUUGUCGUC